AUGCCAGAGCAAGCCGCUGUUGCCCAGGAAGACCCCGCAUCUGUGCAAGACAGCACUGCACUAGAGGACAACGAUGAUCACUUGCAUGUCAAGUCGGCAAAGACUGUCGCGCGAGCAGAUCGGUGGGAGGAAGAAUGGAAGACCCUUGUCGAUGAGAUGCGCCGAUCGCUGGAGUUUCUGACACAGAAAGCUGCCUGGUGGCUUUCUCAAGGUCACUGUCAUGAGGGUCGAGCUGAUAUUGUGACCGAGCGUUGCGCAUACGCAGCGAAGCAAGCGUCAAUCCGACUACAUCUGGUUCAGAAGUGGUCGAAACGUUGGCAGCCUGUCCUCACAAAGGCACACAUCGCGCAUGGCUGGAUCCAUCAAUACCUGCCUGUAUCCCCAACGAGCGUCGACAUUCAUCGUCCCGCCGCGACAAGUGCGCCCACUUCCUACGCUGUCUCAGCUGCUCCUGAUGCUCCCGAUGUCGUGCCCCGCAUACUUGGUGUGGAUGCAGUCUUUGCGUUGGAGAGCCAGAACGACAGCAUGCCAGACGCGGACGCCCCCAGCGGGUACAAUUCUGAUGGCAGCGAGUCCGACUGGGGAGAUGAUGUCAAUCCUGUGGAAGUGGGAGAUGCUCGAGAUGAUGACGGGGGUUUUGACUCUGACCAGCAUGUUCUGGUGAGGUGUUUUUUGCAACUGCAGGUACAGGUUUUGCAACGGCAAGCGGUAUGUUUUUAUUUUAUUUUCUGCUUUUCUGCGUACAUGCGGAGAUCUGCCAUGCUCUAA